AUAAGUGAUACACUCUGUCAGUCGUAGAAAAUACUUGAAUCCCAUCAACAAAGACUCGGCGUCCCCACCUGUCUUUGUCUGUUUACUCUUUGUUUUCAACGAUUCCUUUGAUAGAAGAAAAUGUUGAGUAAUGCGAGAAGAUGAUUUUCUCCUCCUCAACUGCUAACAAUGAAUGGCCACAGAAUCAUAUAGAUGAGAAAGAGUUGAUGGCGUCAACAGCUAGGCUUAUGGAGAAACCAAGCCAAGAACAGCAGCAGCAGCAAGCCCUAAAGUGUCCACGCUGUGAUUCAUCAAACACUAAGUUCUGCUACUACAACAACUACAGUUUAUCACAGCCAAGACACUUCUGCAAGGCCUGUAAGCGUUAUUGGACUCGGGGUGGCACCUUAAGGAAUGUUCCGGUGGGCGGUGGAUGUAGGAAGAACAAGCGUAUGAAGAGACAAGCGGCUUCAGCCAUUGAUGGAGCUUCUCCAACAAAUACUAACAGUCCAAUAUCUCAACCUCAAAUCGAUGUCUCUUCGGCCUCAACUCAUCAUAUCAACCCUUUGUUUUACGGGUUAGCUAAUACCCCAUCUGAUAUCCAUCUUCCCUUUCUUCGGUUCAAUUCAAGAGUUCCAGAUGUGGAAAACGUGACAGGCUAUGAUAUCCAGCCUGAUCCGAAUGCUCUUGGAUUAGGAUUUUCUUCUGGGAUGGUGUCUGGUGAUAAUGGGGACAAUGAUUAUCGAUAUGGUUUUAACACUAACCCGAGUAAGCAAAUCCAGGAUGUGGAGACUUCAAAUCCACUCCUUUCAAGCUACUCUAAUAUAUUUGAAUCCUCAUCUUCUAGCACCACUACCACGCCAACCAUUGCUUCUUUGUUAGCUUCUACUCUUUACCAACACAAGUUCACGAACGGUGGUGUUAAAAGCACUCAACUGCCUACCCAAAUGCACUCCUUAGAACCUUUUCAAGACCUUCAAAUGACAGGUAACGAUGAAAAUUGGCUAACCAUGAAAGAUAUCAAAGUUGAAGAAGCGCAAAGCAGAAUGGAAUGGAAUGUGGCAUGCCAGAAUCAGCUCGAUCAAAUCGGUUUAUCUGAUCCUGCGGUUUAUUGGAACACAACAAGCGUCGGUGCUUGGCAUGAUCCAUCAAACAUUGGAUCCUCGGUCACUUCUCUGAUCUAGUAAACUAGACUACUCUUAUCAGCAGUUUUUCAAAUAGUCUCCCUCUUUGUUGGGUCCUUUUUUUUUGGUUUAUAGGUACUUAGUUUCGGAUGAUACUACUGACGGUAGUGGAUUCUACAGUCAUAAUGGAGUGGGAUUGAAAAG